AAACUACAUCGUUGCUGUAAUACAAAAAGAAAAGAAGAAGAAGAAGAACAACUGGAGCAUCGAUUUACAAGACAAUUCACUGAUUAAUAAAAAAAAUAUAACGAGCUGAUAUACGAGUCAAUAUAUCUGAGAAGUUAAACCGAUCAACUGGCUCCGCUUUUUACCAAUUUCUCAGUUUCAUUACGUAAGUUGAACAGCUAUACCUAACUUUAAAAAAAAAAACAGGCUACUUACGUUCCAUAGCUUCGUGACAAAGAAAAUGACAUAAACGAUAAUAAAUUGCGCAAGGUAAUCUUAAAAAAUAGUAUUUGCAACCUCGUCGCGUGUCUACGCUUAGAAUAAUAGAAACUUUAUUAGCUCCAAAUUUAACCGAUCACCGUUUAAACACCAGAACAAGAAAAUCGACGUGCAAAUAGAUCUUUCACUGCGCGCCAGAUCCAACCAAAACGAAGCUCAACCGACUUAAUCGCACUAAAUCGUAACAGCCCCAUGGAAAAGUCGAACGGUCUGAUUAAAAAAUCAAAUACGAUAAUACGAUCGUCCGAAAUGAUCAAUCAUCUAUAACCGAAUUUACGUCUGAAAUGCUCCUAGACGACGCGACGACGUACGUAAGAGUUGUAACAAUUAGGGCUUUUAGCGCUGCACGUUGGAUUUGCUUAACGUUCCUGGUGAUACAGUUACCGGUAACCCAACAGAGUAUGUUUGAACUGGACCCACGAAUCGUUCAGUCGUUCCUUGGAGUUUAUCAACGACGGUUCCUCGGCCGAGGUUCUCGUCGUGUGACACUCGCCUCUGAAACCACGGGGCAAACAUCUGAAAACGUGUACGCACGUUCCAUGUGUUUGGAGAUCGAUGAACUCGCGACCAUCGUCCACGGGGAAUGAACGUUCGUAUCGAGGAAUCGGCCAGUGGUGAGUCAUUGUCGUUUCCAUGAAUCGACAAAGAUAGAGUGAAGGAGAAGUGUAUAUAGAGAUACGUGUUGACGGAUGAGAGGAACAGGACGUGUCAUUCUUCGAGCAACGAGGGUCCCUUGAAGAAUUUGCUGCCAUCGAACAGUACAAUUAUGGGUAGAUAUCGUUGGAUAUAGUAGAUGCACAGAUUCCAUGUAAAUCGCUAAAGUGUCCAGGAUCAAUGUAGGAAUUUUCAGUAAUAAUCGAUCGCUGUUCAAUCGCAAAACAGUCACGGCGUGAAGCAUAAUGAUAUAACGUAUUUUGAUGUGAACUGUGGCUGUAGAAAUUCUACGAGCAAGUGCGAAAAUUAACGUGUAGCAAUAAUCUGAUAAUAAUCUAUGGCUGUUGAGAAACGUGAAACGGCACCGAUGAGAGUCAUUAUAGUACAGCGAUCUGUGAUAUUUAACGCGUAGAUGUACAGAUUUCACGCAGAGUGCGAUAAUCAACCUAGAAAUCUGUAGUAACCCUUUUAUCGCUGUUCUAAACAGUUGAAACAGUAACGGCGUGAUAUAUCGUACGGUAGUUUGUUAAACGUACGAACCGUAGAUGUACAGAUUCUAUGUAAAUGAUGCAAGUGCGAUGAAUAUGGUAACCUUGUUGCUGUUCUAAGAAAAAUCUUGUUGUAUAUUUCAGACAGAGUACAAACAAAUUUAGCCUAUCACUGUCUUCUGCUUCUUGUUUGCGUUUCCCAUGCCUCAAUGAGUGAAUCGACUUUAGACGAAAUCGAAACACUUCCGGAGAUCAAGAAAUACGAAGACGCUUCAACGCUCGGCACUGCUGUACAGGCAUACAGACAUCCAAGGAUGUAUCGGCGCGGUUACCACGAGGACCACGGGUCCAUAUAUAAGGAUGACCACGAUGAUCAUCACGACGAUCAUAUGAAAGACGAGGAACAGGCUAUGAAAGCCAUGGGGAAUGCAAAAUCUGAUUAUUGGGGCGGUUACUAUGAUUUUCUGAUAAACGAGGGUAGUUAUAAAUUCUGGGCCGUGUUUCAACUUGCCACCGCAGCUCUUCUCAUCUAUAGCGGCUUUGCGGCGCUUUAUUACGCCAAGGUAAAUCCGCCAACGAUAGACGACGAGUUCGACGAUAUUUUACGUCGACGGAAGCGUAGGGCGUUGUCCAUCUUCCCGCGAGAUAAAUCAUUCUGCGGUUUGGACAGUGCCACUUUUCAGAGGAUAAUCGACGCGGUUGCCAGAGAAAUUCACUGACGAAGAAGAGCCUACCUUUAUCUAACUUAACUUAUAUAGGAAAUAAUAUAUGUAUAAUAAUUUUGCAAUAAUAUUUUGAAAAGAUUGAAAUCUUUGAAAUUGCGGUCGAUGAAAGUGAUUGGAGAAAAGAAAAGGAACUGUUUCAAAUUGGACUGUUUCAUGGAAGAUUUGUUAUAUUCGAAACAUUAAAAUUACAGAUACGUAUCCUUUUCUAAUCGAUUUAAGAAAAAGUAUGUCUUUAUGCUUCUCUUUCUAUUAUUUAAUGUAACAGAAGAGCA